GGCAGAGAAGAAGGAGAUGGCGAGGACGGAGGAAGAGAGAGUCGUGGGAAACGAGUCCUCGUCCGACGAGAAAAAUGACCUGGUGGAGGAGAUCCAACAGGUCAUCGAAUCGGUGGUUCAAUUCGGCGACUACCGGAGGACGCAGAGGAAGGAAAGCCACAACCUCGUGCGCCGUUUCAAGCUCAUGUUGCCGCUCUUGGAAGAGCUUCGUGACCUCCCACAACCCUUCCCCGAAAUUGGCGUCGCUUGGUUAACCAAACUCAAGGACGCACUCUUGCUCGCCAAGGAUUUGUUGAAACUAUGCAGCCAAGGAAGCAAGAUUCACCUCUCUUUGGAGACCGAGGCAGUUAUGAUCACGUUUCGGAAAGUGUAUGAAAAAUUAAGCCAAGCGUUUGAUGGUGUGCCUUUUGAUGAAUUGGGUAUCUCAGAUGAAGUCAAAGAACAGGCAGAUAUAGUAAUGUAG